CUGAAGUUAGGUGCAAAUAUAUGAAAUUGCCCUUUGAAGCUAAUACAUUUGUUGUUAUUCCCUUACUCCAUAGUGAGAGUUCAAAAUGAAUAAGAAGUACUGCGUAGUUGAGUUUGAUGAUGGCCUGCAACUUAUUCCAAGACUUUGGAUCAACAGCGACAAUGAAGCUUUCUGGCCGAAUUUUAAAACUACAGCUAAAUACAACGCUGCCGUUAAAAAUUCAAUAAAACCUGGCAUAGAUUGGCAAAAAUGUCAAAUUUUAAGAAUUUUAUAUUCUACAGAUAAUUAUGAGUAUGGAUUAAAAAAAGUGAAAGAAGCUGAAGAUGAGAGUGACAUUUGUACAACAGAUCCAGAAGAAGAAAAGAAAAAAAGAAAGUACAAGGCGACAAAAAAAUUAUCCAGCUCCGAAGAUGAAAUGGAUACAACAAUUGUACAAAAAAGGCAAAUAAAACAUCGCGAAACAAGAUAUUCUUUAUCAGACGAUGAAGAUGAAGAUACUGCAUAUCCAACGUUUCCAACUGACAAAACAGUUAAUUGUACGCCUGCAAAAGAUACACGAAUGGAAGUUCCCUCCCAACUAACAAUAACCUUCCAGGAGGACUGCAUGAAAUUAUUACAAAACGUCCAGAGAAAAGUAGUGGCAGUGUCCCUGAUGCAACAGGAAAUAUUGGAUAGGUUGAAUUCGCUCGAACUAGGAGUUGUUGAAAGGGAAAAAGAUUUACCAAAUGAUGAUCCGUGCAGAGAAAUUUUUGAAAGUGUGUUCCCUGUAAACACCAUUGAAGAAAUGGAACGUAUCAACAACAUGUUAAAAACUAAUGAUAAUUUACGAAAAUAUGUUUUUCAACGAAGUCGUCUUCUGUUGGGGAAGGAUACAAAAACUUCAAUUGUAAAUAUUCUUCGAGCUUUCUUAACAAAUUCUUGUGCGGCAUGUUACAGUUGGGUUGGAGCAAAGAAGAAGAAUAUGUUUUGUGAAUUAGAGCUGGUCAAAAUUAUAAAAGAUUCAAUUCGCAGUCAAAAAGGUAAAGAACUAACUUCAGACUAUGAAAUAUCGGAAGUUAUAAAGAACUGGCUAAGACUGGCAACAUUAAGGAAGGACCGGGAAAGAGAAAAACAAGAGCGAGCAAGAACAGAAUGAUGUAAUUUAAUAAGAUUUGAAAAAAUAAAGUACUUUCUUAGUAUUCUGGUUAUGUCUCAAUAAUAUUUAAAAUAAUAUCUCAGAUGCACUAAGUAUAUAAGCUGCGAGAUAUCUUUGAGAUAUUUUUAAACGGU